UAUUGAUUAAAUAUAGAAAUGUUACCAAAAGCUUACACUCAAGUACAUAUUUUGGAACCCGAUGGUAUCGAGUGGCUGGCUGGAAGCUCAUUCGAGAAGUUGACAGAAUUGGAACGCAAGAAAGUGAUCAAGUAUAUGAACAACAAAGACCCAGCAUUCAUAUUUAGGAUGGGAAUGAUUUUCACCCAAAAAUCCCCUAACCCACCUAAAAUUUUCGAAUCCCACUACUCCCCACCCACUCCCCCCUCACUAGACACCUUCUUCCAGGCCCUCACUGACCUCCAAGACUCCGUUCUCAAAAAACGGCACAAAAAAUCCCUCUCCAAACCCCUCCAACCCCUCUUUUCCCACCCUCCACUCACCCAUCCCCUCCCAAGAACCCCCCAUCUCCCCCUCUCAGACCCCAAUCCCGCCCAAAAAGCCUCUGUCCCUACAAAUAGGUGAGACACAGAAGAGAAGGAUUUUAGUGAAGAAAGGAAAAAUAUAGGUGAGGAUGGAGGGGAGGUUAAGGAAGAGAGGAGUAAGAGGGAUGGGAAGAGGAGGAAGGGAGAUGUGGAGGGGAAGAAGGGGGGUUUUAGUGAGAUUUGAUGAUAUUGUAGUAUUUCACUCAGGGCGAGGAUUAAAGUUGUUAAUUUUUGUAAGCAUGUGUAUUGUUUGGGGUGAUUAACGGAGUAUCUUGAGGCGACUACUAAGGCGAAGAUUGAUGAGCCUCAGUGUCUUGGACAGGACUGAAAAAUGAUUAUAUGUAGAGAGUUGAAAAUUCUGAAGAAGAGAUAUAAUUGUGAGUUCAAUUUUAUUCUUUACUAUGAGAUGAUCAAUAUUCUUAACUGGUAUAAAAGAGCAGCCUUAGUAAUCCUUUGGUGAGACACUUGAAAGAAAAUAUACACAAGAAAUGAGAAAAACACCAGUGCUGCUAAGAAAUGUGGGGUUUGCAAUCAAAUGUAUGUGCAGCAAGAGUCCCUCAUUGAUAUCGUACCAAGGAUAUUCAACCUACGCUCUUACGAGAAGUUUAGAGCAAAAUACCAAACAUUUCUCAACUUUGGAGCUAAGAUUGGAAGACAUCAAGACAAAGUAGUUGAGAGAAUAACCUCAAGUGAUUCUUCAGAUUAAUAUCGAUAAAUAUUCAGUCACA